UUAUCUAUAUUAAAACAAAACAAUUUUGGCCACUUGGCAUAAUUUUAAUCCACUAAUUGCCACCUGGCAACUUAAUACUCCUCUCAAUAUUGAUUUGAGCGGCAAUUGUUCUCUAUCUUUUCCCUCACACGCUCUGUUCUUUCAUCCACUCCCCUUCAAACCCUAAAUCUCAUCCCGUCACGUUUUCUUUUCCUCAGAAACCAUGUUGCUUUCUUUCUCCUUUUCUUUUCCUGUCUCAUCUAUCGGAACAACGAUCUCACCCGUUACCGUCUUUCUCCAUCUCUUUACCAAAACCCUACCUCUGAAUCUGAAGGAAUCAAGCAACAUCAGGGUUUUGAAACAGUCGCAGUAAAUCCUCUAGCCGUUUCUUAUCAUCUCUCUCAUGAAAUCGAUCAACAUCAAUUAGAUUAAAUCAAAUGAACCCUUCCUCUCAAUUCGAUCAGUGGAGGUUUGGAAAAGCUAAAGCACAAGUCUCUAUGAAUGCUCAGACAACACAAAUGGAUAAUUCGAUCUAUAUAAAAGGCUUCUUUCCUAUUCCCUCUAAACUCUGGCCGACAACUUCAUCGUAUUCUUCGUUCUUCUUUGCCGAUCUGCCCUCUCAAUUCGAAGAUGAAGAUGAGCAUCAGUCUUGAUGUAAACUCCAUGGCGUCCAGGCAUGUUUCCUACCUGAAUCUUUAAUUUGAUGUUUUUAUUUUUUUGAAUCUAAUUUCGUUUUUCUUGAAUCUGAUUUCUUGAAUCUUCCGUAUGUGCUAUGAACCACAAGAUGUUAGUAGAUUCAAUAUCUUUGCUGAAUAAUAUUGGGCAUCUAAAGGUACAAUCAAAUAUUCGACCUAGGGAAAUACUGGUGAUCAACAUUAAUCCAUCCUGUCCAUGUCAACUGGGAUUCCAUCUUGAAGAUGGGAUGGAGUGAAUGCUGCAAUCCAUGAAUCCUCCAAAGGAAACCAUCAUGGCUUCAUAAACACUCUGGUAAAAAUAUAUAUCUUAUUUGUUAUUCCUUUGUUUUCACUAAUCGACAUGUGUUCCUUUUUGGUAAUUAAGACAUUUAAUCUUUAUCCAUUUAGCUCAUGACACCACUGCUCAAUUCCCAACGUCAAGCUAAAUGAAUUUUCUGGUGGCAUUAACUGUCUAUUAUGUUUUUUUUUAUAUAAUUUAAUUGGUGAUAAUCAAUAAAUUGAAGCACGUAGAAUAGUAGAAGGUGGCGUUUAUGUAUGAAGAAAGCCGUUAGGAGAUAUUUGACUAGACAAGACGGUUUAGAUAAUGUACGAUUUAGGAUAUAAGUAGCUACUGAUCCUCCAUGUCUAGCAUACAUGUAAAUAAACUUUAAAAAUUGAGCUGAGAGAGGGAAGGAGUGGUGAUGUCGGAAGGGAAGAUCAAAUUAUCUAGAUUCUGGACCUGUGUUGAUUAUGUUUGGGUUUGGAAAUUUCAAUAUAUUUUGAAAAGCGUUCUUUUACCUACACUUCAUAUGCUUCGGAUAGUAAGAUGUGUAAGGUAAGGGUAAAUUGGUCGAGUUUAGAAUUAAUGUAAUUGGCAUUGUUAGUACUAUCAAGCCAUGGUUAUUGUAAAAAAACAGAUAUAUUUUCUUCAACAAAGUUUGAUUUGUUAUCUAAAUGGAUAUAAAGGAGUUGUACAUGAUAGAGUGGUUAAAAUAGUCCUAAAAAUGAAAGCUUGAAGACUAAAGAGCUUGGGUUGUGUUAAUUAAGUAGGGUCACGAUGAACAUUAGGGAAAUAUACGAAGCAAAAAUGUGUUAUCGGUGAAUUCAUGUUUGAAUAUUUGAAAGGUUAGCACUGUGGAAAUAUUCCGCAAGUUGUUUUAGUUGGUGAUUUAGAACUAUGGGAGCAGUCGGUCUGCUCUGGGAAUGAUAUGUGCCUAAGAGAUGAUGAAGACGGUGGUAGAGUCUUACUGAUGCUGGGAAAGGUGAAGUACGAAAUUCAGAAGAAGCUGCUUGAUAUGAAUUUCUUUGCAAGUUGUAGAUGGUUAGCUUACUUUGGUUAAAUAUAUCAUCAUAUAUGAUUUUUUAUUAAUUAUUUAGGUCCCAGGAUGCUUCUGAACAUGAAGAGAUAAAUGAUAAGGUGGAUUGUGGAUUGCUGUAAAAAAGAAGAAAGCAAGUUAGAUAUCACGUGGUUUUAUUAUGUUAGAUAUCUGGGUAAUUGAUAUAUUGUUUUAAGGUCAGAGAAUAUAAAGUUUGUUAUACAAGAGGGCAAUGAUUUUCUUGCCUGUUGUUCUGGGGCGCUCGAGAACUUCCUAUAAUUCGUUGGUCCGCUACCAUGAGCAUCCCGUCCGUCACACCGCGACGCCGUGGUCAGCCAUCUCGCUUCAAAAUAGUCGUUCUAUCAAAGGUAUGGGGCGGCGUAUGAGGCGGCGGAGGGUGGCGUUGGAUCGAAUCCAUGGGAGUGAUGAGGCCUGAGUUGGUAACGAAGUUGAUUGCGCCAGUUGUUAUAGCUGGACUGUUGGGUAUUUACCGUCUAAUUAUUGUUGUGAUUCUUCAUCGAUGGGUAUUUAUUUCUUUUAAAUCCAUAUUCACACUUCAUUCAUUUCAUCCUCUGAUUGUAUAUGUUAUUCUUUGAUUGAUGUAUGUUUUACAAAGAUUUCACAUAUUUGCAUGUUAGUUUAACCGAUUUUUCUUAAUUUUGGGCAUUAUUGUUAAUAUUAGAAACCCUAAUGUAUAUGUUUGUGUGUAUAUGUUUAAAUGAAUUCCACAGGUUUCGAUGUUGUUUGUUUCGUUAUGCAGAAGUUAGUAUACAAGAUGACUAUGUGCGUGACGAAAAUGUUCAUGAUGCCUAUGUCGAGCUGAAUCAGCUCUCUGACUUUGGUCUUGCUAAAUGGGUUACACCAACCGGACUGCAAAUAACCUCUACUAAUGUUGCUGGCACAUUCGGUUAUUUGGUUCCUGAGUAUUUUACGCACGGAAAAUUUAUGGAGAAAAUUGAUGUGUAUGCAUUUGGUGUUGUGCUUCUUGAGCUUCUUACCGGAAGGAAGCCGAUAAGCAAUGGACAUCCAAAGGGUGAAGAGAGUUUGGUUAUGUGGGCAAAUCCAGUUCUGAACAGCGGGAAAUUUUCAAGAUUGUUGGACCCCAUUUUGGGUGUUGACUAUGAUGUUGACCAAAUGGAGUGCAUGGCUCUUGCUGCUAUGCUUUGUAUUAGACGUGUACCUAGGGCUCGGCCCCAAAUCACCAUUAUCAGAAAUAGGAUCGAAAUGUAUCCUUAUUCGCUGGAUGCAUGGUCAAACCUGGGAAGUGCAUACAUGAGGAAAGGAAGACUUACUGAAGCUGCUCAAUGCUGUCGGCAGGCUCUUUCACUAAACCCUCAUUUGGCAGACACACAGUUGCUUGAAGCUUACGCAUACAAGUGCUACCUGGAGGCACUCUAUAUACAACCGACUUUUGGCAUUUUCUAUUCUAAUCUUGCUGGCCUUUUCAUGGAGUCUGGCGAUCUUAGUAGGGCACAUCAGUAUUACAAGGCUUUUGGAAUGGCUGCUGAAGCUAUCGUCUGUUAUCAGCGAACUCUUCAAUCCAAACCAGAUUAUGCUAUGGCUUAUGGGAAUCUAGCCAGCGUAUAUGACGAGCAAGGUAACUUGGACAUAGCGACGGUUAAUUUCAACGGCGAGACAUAUGAGAGCCCUAACUACUGCACGACGUUGAGACAGGCGGAGCAUUCGGCGGCGGGGGUGGCUCUGAAUGCGCUCAUGAGCCGUGUUUCGUCGAAUGCGUUAGCGGGAAGGAUUUUGGUGAGGUUUUGUGGUUUCUAGGGUUUGUAACUUUGUAUGGUGGAAAAGUGAGUCCCGCUAGAAAGUGGUCAUAAUCUUGAUGUUACGGACUUAAAAGUGCAAAUAUAAUCCGUUGAGGUUUUCUUGGA